CUGAUUGCCGACAAAAGGAAAUUCAACGGUGGCCCGGUUGGAAGAUCGAAAGGCCGCGUCCGCGAAGCGUUCCCUGGCCGUGGUGAAAAAGCAGCGCGAUAAAAAUACGAAACUGCGCCGUAUCUGCCCGUGAGGAUCUCGCUGCGCGGACACCUCCCGUGUAGAAAUACGUGACGCGUCGUGUGUUCCGACCAUUCCGACAGUGCGAAUCGCGACAGCGCGCUUGACCAGCGCAGUCGGCCUACGUUUAGAAGGCAGCCAUCUUGCAAUCCCUAAUCAAAGAUCCACGGCAAGCGCGUAUCGCUGUCUGGUUUUGCGGCCAGUUAAUAUCAACACACAGUUCAUCAAAUGGCUUUAAAGCGAAUUAAUAAGGAACUCCAGGACCUUGGCAGAGAUCCGCCAGCACAAUGCUCGGCUGGACCUGUAGGAGACGAUUUAUUCCACUGGCAGGCAACAAUCAUGGGACCACCUGACAGUCCGUAUCAAGGAGGAGUAUUUUUCCUAACAAUACACUUUCCAACAGAUUAUCCUUUUAAACCUCCUAAGGUGGCAUUCACGACUAGAAUUUAUCAUCCCAAUAUCAACAGUAAUGGAAGUAUUUGUUUGGAUAUUUUACGAUCUCAAUGGUCUCCCGCACUCACUAUAUCAAAAGUGUUAUUGUCAAUAUGCUCCUUGCUGUGCGAUCCAAAUCCAGAUGACCCACUGGUACCAGAGAUAGCCAGGAUAUACAAAACCGACAGGGAGAAGUAUAAUGAAUUGGCACGUGAAUGGACGCGCAAGUAUGCCAUGUGAUGCGCCAAUCUCCAUUGACUUCAACAUCCAAACACCACCAAGAAACAGCCCCAGCCUAUUGCCACUUACGCAUCAGCACCGAUUGAAAUUAGCUAUGGCUCGUAUACUUUUAAACUUAAGCAGUAUUCGGGCCCGAGGAAUCCUCAGGCAAACGUGAUCGAUCUGAACUUCUCGCGGUUCGUCAAGUCCGCGAAAAACGUUGCCACAACGGCAAUUGAGGCAAUUUUGAAGGUGGUCAUCCAGCAUUAUAUAUAUUGAAUCAGACAACACAUGUCCGCUUUGUUUUUUCAUAAAUAAAAAAAAUGGAAGUAACAUAUAGGAGAGUGAAAGUAGGAUUUGUAUUUAAAUCUAAUAGAUUGGUUUCUAAUUAUUAUUGUGCUUAUGAUAAUUGUAACAUUACGAUACCUACUUUCUCAGUGAAACUAAAAAAAACUUUGAACUGACAGCACAUCGAUUGUUAGUCUUAACGCAAGUGAGCAAUGUUUGCCCGUCCCUUGAAACGAUGUGGUCACUCUUUUGUAAGACUGGGCUAUAUAUAUAUAUAAAUAUUACUGAAACUGUACGUGUAUGCUUUGUUCAAUUAUUAAAAUUCCUUAUACCUGACAAAUUCUACGAGUAACUCGAAAUCUGUGCUUUUGGUUCCUGUGUGUGUGUGUAGUAAUUUAAUUAUGCAUAUCGUUAAUCGGCAAGUGGCAACCGUGCAACUUUAAGUAAUCGGAAGUAUCUGGAAACGCUGGAUAAAAAGAUUGUCUGAUACCUGGAAUAUGGUCUGCAGUAUCGCAGGCAGGUCUAUGAGGUUCGUUAUGUAUUAUUGAAAGUAUAAGCGGAUCGCUCGUAUCAUCCUUUUUUGGCUUUAUGCCGAUAGGAAGCGGUUGAUGGGUCACUUGAACGAUAAAUGAUGUAAGGGAGAACAAUUCCGAUUAUUUAAAUUUACAUACGUAUCGCGUUAUGAAUUAGGCGGCAAAUACGUCGACGAUGCGACGGGAUCGCUACUGGAUUGUUAAAAUCUCAGCGACUCGUCUCGCAUAUGGUGCAUAAAUGCACGCUAUUAAGUUUAUGCGUCGCGUUUUGCGAAUCAGGAAUUCGCAUUACUCGUCGUCCAUCGCGACACUAUUUUACUCGCAUCAAUACUUUUUACUGCUGUUUUGCGUGCAGAUGUUUCUUUAAGCAGCGAUUUUUUUUAUUAUUAUUUAGUUUUCGCGACCAGAUGUUUUUCCUUUCAUCCACAAUAUAAACGCGUAUAGUUGCGAUGCGUAACUGUACUGUCCAUUGCUGUGGACGAACGAUAGACUUAAAUGCAAUCUGUUAUUUAAACGUUACGAUUACAAUAUUGUAUUCCCGAUAUAUUGUGGCUGUAAGGGUAAGGCGAUGUGAUUACAUAUUAUUUCUUAAAAAUCUAGCUAUAUACAAAAUGAACAAAAUGUGUCGUUAAAUUGCGAAAUGUCAUUCAGCGCGAUAUAGUUGAUUUAAGAUUAUAUGAAACUACAUAAUUGCACUGUUUUGAUGGUGCUAGCAGUGUGUUUUUGGCUUCUACUCAUAGUUAAAUAAAAUCUGAUACGUCAUUUUAAAAAGAAAGAUAUGAUUACUUAACUAGUGCGUAAGUAAAACGAUUUUGUCUUGCGAACCACGUGUAAAGCGCGCGUUAGAGCGAAACGUCUCAAUGUAAUCGGUGCUUAAAUACGGCAAGCUGAUGGAGCGACUAAAGGAACCUAGAGAAGACAAAUCGAUUAGUAUAUAAUGCGGCGGCCCGCUGUUUACGCCGACCUUGUCUCAUACGACCGUGUAUUUGCUGUAAUUUAAUUACGAGUAAACGCGUCGAAUCUGAUAUUUAAAAGUUAUAGCCCUCGAAAAGAAAAUUGAUCAUCGUUCACUCUCUAGUAGAAGACGACUAUUCAUGUGUAUAAUUAAUUAUUACUACCGCAAUAAUGAACAUUUUUAAUAACUUAUCUUGUGUACAUUUUAGCAUUAGCCCUUUAUAUAAUAAAGUCCACAUGAUGAUAAGGUAAA